AUAUAUCUCAACCAGUCUUUUCGAGGAUACAUCACUGCUCUUAUACAUCGCCAGCCUCUCCAUCAGUCUCCCCACCCAGUCAAACCAUGGAAGAUCUCGGGAACUUCGUCGACUUUCCGUCGCCGCCGCACUCACUGUAUUACGCUUACGGAGACUCGGAGCCACAUGCGUCAGAGUUCCAGAGCCCUAGCGACUCUGUGUAUGACACCACAUCAGCGGCAGAGAGCGGCAUCUCGAGCCGGUACCCCAGCCCCGGUCACGAGGAAGGCGACUCUUCGGAAUCCACACAACAACAAAAGCCCGCGGCAAAGAGGAAACGGGAGAACCGCUACAAGAAUGCGCCUCCGGCCGUCCUGUCGCGGCGGAGAGCCCAGAACCGCGCAUCGCAGAGAGCAUACCGUGAGCGGAAGGACCAGAGGAUAAAAGACCUCGAGCAGAUGCUCAACGACGCCAAGCAACGCAACGACGUGCUCAGCCAGGCCUACGCGGCGCUCCACGCCGAGUACGCGGCGCUCAAGGCAUCGCAAGCAAGCGAACCGAGCCCGAGUUACUCGCAGCGAUACGACCUCCAAACAUACAGCGGCGGUGGCCCCAGCAUGGGCCUACCAGCCGGUGCCGACAGCCUCGACAUGGACAUGUUUGUGUACCACGAUAUGAGCACGACAUAUUCGCUUUGAGACCAGAAGAGAUUGCGCGCAAAUUUAGCCUCUCCGCUGUUUCAAACGCGCGAUCAAGACAGCGGUUGACGCCAGCCACUUCCUCACGUAUCUGAGGACAAAAGUCCACUGCGCCAUGAGCCACCCCAAAGGAUCUGACGCAGAAGCAGUUGGCAAACUGCAACCUA